AUGACAGCAGUCAAUGUAUUGGAGGACUUUGUUGGGACAGAAUCCCUUAUGCCAACAUUAAUAGAUGAUGAUAAUAACCCUCUUUUUUCAAAGAAAAAUGCGAAUUUGCUCAUGUCAGUUGCAUCCACCGCCUUGCUUUUUUUGUCUUCUGCAUUGACGGAAAAAUUGAAGGAAAAUAAAUGGAAUGAUUGGAUGAACCAGCUAGAGGAGAAAUGGAAAAGUUUCCACUAUCAAAUGGAAAAGGAAAGAAGACAAUGGCUAGAGAAAAAGGACACAGAAUGGGAAGAAUGGAAAAAAUAUACAGAAAUAAAAUACAUGAGUUAUUGCAUAGAUAUUAAUAAUGAAUUCGAAUUUAACACCUUAAAAGAUUCUUCAACAUGGACUAGAACUCAGUGGGAAGACUGGAUUACAACAGUAGGGAAAGAAAUGAUCAAAAAUGAAUAUGAAAAGUGGAUUUACGAAAAUGAAAAUUAUUUACAUGAAUGGAAAGUGAGAGAAUGGGUUGAAUGGAAAAAAAAAAAUAUAUCAUCAUGGUUAUCUUCCGAAUGGAAAUGUAAAGAGGAUGAUUACUGGUCAAAAUGGGAACAAACUGCUUGGGACAAAUGGCUAUUUACAGAAAAUAGAGAAAAGUGGACAGCGUGGAAAGAAAGAAAUUUUAGAGAAAGGACUGAGUGGCUUAAGUGGGUCCAGUUAAAAGAAUAUGCAUAUAUAAAUGAUGAGUGGAUUCCUUGGACAAAAUGGAAAAACGAAAACCGCCUUUCCUUCAUAGAAUGGAUUGGAUCCUUUAUGAACGAAUGGAUAAAUAAUAAACAGUGGAAUGAGUGGAUUCACGAAAGGAAAAAAAUUGUUGCCACCAAAAAAUCGCCCCAUUGA